AUUGGACCCCCACCCUCCUCAAACUCUCUCCCCUGUAUCCCCAUGUCAGACGUCGGCCAACCGAUCCAGUUCUCCGCCGGGGGCUUCACCGGGUUGACGAUCCGCACCGAGCUGCACGAGCUGCAGAAGGCGGAACGGGGGCGGAAGGCCGUGGUGAAAGAUAGACGUCCGCUCGACCCUCCGCCCGUCGUCGGGGCCCGGUUCUUCCGCGUCGAAACCACCCGUCCCGGAAGCACAACGCCAGACUCGGAGGUCGAGAUCGACGACGUCGACAGGAUCAGGAUCGAAGGUUUCGUAUGCCACGCAGAUCUGUUCUCCUUGCCGAAAGAUUGGGCCACGGAAACAACGACCUCGUCGUCGGCGCCGGCACAUACUGCCUCGAGCGCGAGCUCGAUCCCCGAACGGCCGGCAGUGCUGGCCGUUAUAGGAACCCACGAGCUGCUGGACACCUCGCUGUGCACCGAGCAGCUCGCUGGCUCCCGGUUCGUCGAAGCGAUCCGCAUCGACUACAUGGGGACCAAGCAGAUCAUGUUCCCGUUCCCCGAUCUGUCGGUGAAGACCGAGGGCUGCUUUUGCCUCCGCUACCGCGUCUUCGACGUCCUGAGCGCGGCCUCGGGGACGAACUCGAUCCCGGUCCUGGCGGAGUGCUAUGGCGGCGCAUUCAGAGUCUGGGGCUCCAGGGACUUCCCGGGCUUGAAGAAAUCAACCGAUCUGACGAAGCUCAUCGCGUUGUACAAGGUCUCCGGCGUCAAGGUCCGUCUUACGGAGCGUAAGAGGAGCAGGUCCUCGGAUCCUGAUUCGAGCCAUCAACUUGAACAAAGCUAGAAGGUGUAGGGAUGUGAUCUUCAGGAUGCUUAGUACUUGACAGGAUAUGGGCAUCUGAUGUGUGAGCUGGGGUGGAAUUUCGGAAAUUUGUACCAUUAUAUUGUACACUACUAUCGUGCCAUUCAGCGAAACGAUCUCGGUGAGGACGAGCGG